AUGAUGUGGAAGAGUGUCAUUCUAUUGAGCGUAUUGAGCUCACUGUCUUUCACGGUUGCUUCCCCAAGGAAACACAAUCAAGAUCUGAAAACAACCCUUGAACCGCCACUGCCCUCUGCAGAUUUAUCCGCUUCAGCGCCGCCACUUGAGACGUACAAUAGCUCCAGGCUGUAUACACCUUUUACUGGAACUCCGACAACCACAGGCGCACUAACAGCUUCUUCAAUCGGAACGGGAAUAUCGCGCGGAGGCGUUGCACCCGGAGCGACAACCUAUCCCGGUGAUGGAAAUCUCCAUCAUUCCGAGCCUGCUCCAUAUGUUCCAGCAGGUGGAGUCGGGACCAAUGGAAGCAUACCUGUCUACAAUACAAAGAGCGAUUUCGACUACGAGUCUUUAGCGCUUGCUCUAUACCAAGAAUGGAUUGAGCUCGAUCUAUUCCAAGACGGGCUCCGUCGUUUCAACGAUUCAGCCUUCCGAGCCGCAGGAUUGACCGCUUCAGACCGCGAGUUGAUCGCAUUAAUGGCGCAACAAGAGAUAGGCCAUGCCACCAUGCUCAGCAACAUCCUCGGAGACCGUGCCCCACAGCAAUGCAAUUAUAUCUACCCGUACACGAAUGUUAAGGAGUUUAUCGACUUCUCUCAGAAACUCACUCGCUGGGGCGAAGCUGGCGUGUAUGGGUUUUUGGCUCAUCUUGACUCGCGCGAGGCAGCCACUCUUUUGACCCAGUCCAUCGCCACGGAAGCAAGACAGCAAUUGAUCUUCCGUCAGUUUGAGGGUCUCUUCCCGAUGGUUGAGUGGUUUGAAGUUGGCAUACCACAGUCCUGGGCUUGGACGUUGCUGGCACCUUUCAUCAGCUCUUGUCCUGAAAAUCAGACUCGCUUGAUUUGGCAAAAUUUCCCCACGUUGAUGGUGGUUAAUCAGCCUGAUCCAUGGACUUCGGGGACUGCUCGCAACUCUUCCUCUGGUAAUAACAGAACAAAUGGGUAUAAUUCCUCCGGGUAUGAUUCCACUGGGUAUGAUCCUACUGCGUACGUUUUUAAUGGGCUCAAUUCCACUGGGCUCAACUCCACUGGGCUCAACUCCACUGGGUCCAAUUCUACUGGGUUCAAUUCUACUGGGUUCAAUUCUACUGGGUUCAAUUCUACUGGGUUCAAUUCUACUAGGUACAAUUUUACCACAAGUGCCGAUCAAAUUUCAAGGCUCAACACGACUUCUCGGUUCAAUCAGAGUGCGGGAUUCAUCUUCAAUGAGACCACCGGAAUCAACAACACCGUCGGAUCAGGCGUCAGCAUCCCCAAGUCACCCAAAGGCUCCGGACUAUUCAACUCGUCUACUUCAGCUAAUAGCUGCGGUGCUUCUGUUAGCAAGAUUCGCCCAAUACCUCUCACGGCCGCGGGUCGUAUGGUACUGUUGCAGUGGGAUCUUCCUGGGAAGAAAGUCGGCCCCAACAACAGCUACAUCACCACAACGGAGACAAAAGCUGGCAGUGCACAGUAUGUACUUUGGGUGUCGCAACUGAACAUUACCUACACCCCUUUGCAUGUUAUCAGCGGCACCAACGAUACCAGCGCCAACACCACUGAAACCACAAAUACCACCAAUGCCACCAACAGUACCACCGAUCCCAUUCGAGGAUAUACUACCCAGCCCGACUUGGAAACGUACCAAGGUAACUCGGCUUUUAAUGGUACCAUUUUCAUUGCUAUCACCGACAGCGCUCCAUAUGUGAGCCCGUUCAAUCUGAGCUUGAUCAACCCGCAUGUGGUUGCCGGUCCAGCCUUGUACCAGGCUGGUUGA